AUGCUGGAUCUUCAGACAAACUAUUGCAGAGAAGUGGAUUAUUAUCCAAAGACGGUCAGCAAAGCACAAGAUAUGUUGAAGAUUCACAUGGAAGUGAUUAAAAAUCCGGGAGUGAACCUCUACCAAGGAAAAGACCAACCUAAUAAAGGUAAAGGUAAAGGAAAAGGAAAGGGGAAGCCAAAGGAUGGAAAGAAGGCAGCAUGUUAUGUGUGUGGCAACAAAGACCAUAUGUCUCCAAAAUGCCCAGACAGACUGCUACCAAAGACCCAAUGGAAGAAUCAGGAUCAAUAUGUUGACUAUGGGAAGAAGCUCAAUCUUAAUCAGAUUGGAGCAACUGUCCCAGCUACUAUUCCAGCUAUAGUUCCUGGAGCUUCAGCAUCCACAAGUGGAGCAUCAAGUGUUGCGGGAAGCGUUAACACACCUUUGCGACUUGCUGGUGCUACAGGUAAUCAAAUGAUGCAAGUUCCUUCUGGAAUGCAGCUCAUGCAGAUUCCAACUCAAGGUGCCGGCACUGUUACUGUUCCUUAUUCUAUGAAUGCUAACGGUGAGAUUGCGUUCAGUGGAAUGCAACUCAGCCGACAAGGCUUCAGUGGUGCUCAAGUGCGACAAGGAUUUGAUGCAACUCAAGCUCGAACUCCACAAGCUGUGAAAACUGGAUAUUUUGACAUGUCAAAUGUCUUUCACGAUGCUAUCAAGGGAAAGGAUGAGAAUGGCAAUGAUGUCUACCUUAUUCUAUGUCCUGCUGGUACAACAAAUGUCAAACUUCAAGCCAACUGGCACUAUGCUAGUGAAGAUGAAGAUAUGCCUGAUCUUGCUACUGAAGCAGAUCAAGGUCUGCAGUUUAUUCAAAGCUGCAGAAAGGAAAGAGAUCCAUUUGGGUUGUACAAUCAUGUCAUCAUGGACAGUGGUUUUACAAACACCACCAUUUGUAUUGGUGAGCUUAUGCAUGGACUCCGUCAUGCUGAGAAAGAACUUGACAUGCACACUAACAUGGGCAGCAGAGUUCUCGACGAAGAAGGUUUUCUAGGAAGAUUUCCACCUCCAGUUUAUCACGAUGAAGAUGGAAUUGCCAAUGUACUUGCUAUGCGCGAGAUGAUUGCUGCGCGAUACCGCAUUACUAUGGAUACUGAUGCUGACAAUGCUUUUAUUGUGCAUUGUGAUGAAAACAGGAAGAUGCGAUUUGUGAAUUGUAAGGGUGUGUAUGUGUUGGAGCAACUUGGAGCGAAUAAUGGAUAUGCUGGACUCAAGAUGACCUCCAAGAUGGCAACCGUUCGAAAGAACAAGGAAGGAUUCACUCCAAGACAAGUCAAGGCUACGAUGGAAGCAAAAAGUGCGAUGCACAUACUCAAUGCUCCAAGCACCAAAAGUCUGAAGUAUGCAAUCCGAUCUGGUCUCAUCAAGAACUGUCCUAUCACCGAAGAAGCAAUCAAUCAUGCCAAAGCAAUCUUUGGACCUGACGCCUCUACAUUGAAAGGCAAGUCAACAAGACCAACUCUGAAGAAGACGUACGACAACUUCUUCAGUCCACCAGAGGAAUUAUAUCAACAUAAUCGAUCUAUUACCAUCUGUAUUGAUCACAUGGAGAUCGAGAAUGCUAAGUUUCUCACCUGCAUUGAUACCACUGUGCAUUAUCGCUCAUGUAUACCCGUGCAGAACCUGAAGACUGACCCUGUAUUUGAAGCAUUGGAUAAGAUAUUCCGCCGCUACAACAAGGCAGGCUUUCAAGUCAAGAUCAUCAAGUGUGAUCGGGCGUUGAUUCCUCUCAUGGAUGAUAUGCUAGAUGAUAUGGGUGUUACUAUUGACCCGACUGCAGCUGGAGACCACGAGCCUACCGCUGAGCGAAACAAUAGGACGCUGAAAGAAAGAGUCAGAGUAGCUCUUGCACAAUUACCCUACAAAGUGGUCCCAAAGGUGAUCACUGAAUGUCUUGGACGUUGA